AUGCGCCUGUCUUCAGCCCUCUCGAUCUUGGCCCUCGCCGCCUCCGCCCUCGCAGUAGACUGCGAGGAAGUAACGCCCUACGGGGAUUCCAUCACGCAGUUCGAUUUCGCCAGGUGCGAGACAUGGAAAUGGGAGUCUGCCCGAUCGGGUACCAAGGUCGACAUCCAGGAGGACUGCCGGUUGAGUCAGCGCUGGCCAAACGAGCUCCCCGUGUCGUACGUCUGCAUCGAGCCCAAAGAACCCAAACAAGGAAAGAAAUGUUUCAAGACGCCCAACUCUGUUGCCGAACCGUGCACGAUCCCUCCUAGUCACUGUGCUAUUGGUAACGUUUGGGGUUGGCCUUGA